AUGCUCUUUCGACCCUUGGGUAUGCUGUUUGUCCCAUUCUUGUGCAUCUGUCUGUCAGUUGUCGUUGCGCAAGAACUCAGUAUUCCAUCGAAUUGGAAUCACACCUCGGCUCUCAGCCGUGGGUCACGUCAAGAGCUAGCCAACAACGCUGCGUCGGAACUUCUGUUACAUGUAUCCUUGAAAGGGGAUGAUCCAAAUCUACCUUUCGCCCAAUAUAGCACUGGUGCUAUUGCUGUCCUUGCGCUACAAGACUACUACAGUCAGAACUCGACAUGGUACAACGCAGUGAACAGCAGUGUGCAGACAUGGGUAGAUGAGCGACGACUCUACAUCGUGUAUACAGGCGACGAAAAGCUCAACAGCGAUAGCAUCUACUGGGGGCUCGCUUUCUUUUAUGCGUACAAAGCGUAUAAACAGAAGAGAUUCCUCGAUUUUGCCGUGGAGGCAUAUGACUUGACAUAUGCGGGCGGUUACAUCAACUCAAGCGCCGCUGUCACGGGCACUGGUGCUGGGCGCAACAUCACCUUUACCCCGCCGCCUAACUGUACCAACGAUACCAUUGCCGGUGGCGUAUUCUGGGAAGCGACUCCCCGAGACAAUACGUUUAUCAACUCAGAAACGGUUUCGCCUUUCAUGGCACUGUCGGCGUACCUGUUUGAAGAAACGGGAAACUCGUCGUACAGCGAUGCUGCCGAGAUGUCAUUGAACUUCAUCCACAAUCAUCUUUGGAAUGGGUCGAUCGUUACGGACGGCUUCACUUUGGCCACCUGCUCAAAAGGCAACGGAAAUGCACUCACCUACAACCAAGCUUGGUUUAUAGAGGGAAUAUCGGUAUGGGCCAACGUCACGGGUGAUCCGGGUCGAGUCUGGACAACCUUUCUGGAGAACGACAUCAUACCUAGUGUCACUCAUAAUGGACAUUACUGGACGUCGCCGGACAACGGUAUCAUAUAUGAGAGUGGCGACGUCUCUAACGUAGAAGCGAAUCUUAAGGGACUUUUCAUUCGUGGCCUUACAGAAGUCUGCCGUCGUUACCCUGGAACGACUCUUAGUCAGUAUCUUGAGGGAUACAUCACCGUUCAGUUCAAUGCCCUCAUGAAUAAUGCACGGGCACCGGGGACUAACUUCUACACAACCGCUUGGCUUGGCCCGUAUAACUCAAGUUUCACUGCUGUGGGGAAUAUCGCUGCCUUGGAUGUUCUCAAUGCCGCUUUCCUCUUCGGAACACCCUCUACAACAUCCUCAUCCGCGCACCCAACAAACUCCACGGUGCCACAUGAUGGCACGACGAAUACCAAGAAGGCUUCAAACGAGAGUGGGAUUAUCGGCGGAGUAGUUGCUGGUGCUGUUGUCUCUAUUGUCGUGGCCUUCGCAUAUGUGAUCUGGCGUCGUCGUCGGAAGCACGUCACGGUUUUCGACCCUGCCCACGAACAGUUGGGCGAGAGCGACAAAACUCCUGGUCAUGGCCCUGCGCCUAUCAUUGAGCCCUUCAUUCACCCGGGCGCAGCGCCCGUAAGGCCAAGCAAGCUACAGCGCAUGCAAGCGCCUUUCCAUACUGUCCACUGCACGUCUUCGUCAUCCACGGCGCUCCAUGCGCAGGGGCCAGCUGCUCCUGUAGCAGCCCGCUACCAGGACGCCAAUCCCUCACUGCUUGUUGAUGUAUCUGACUCUACACCGGUUUUCAAGCGACCGAGUCUCGUACAUGCGGAGACGCCUAUUAUACGCAGGUCCGACAACGAAGGAUCUGAAGGCGGUAUGGCGUCAGGGAGCGCUUCUCCGCAUGAGGCGUCCGCGCUGUCGGGAGAUGACGUGCAAGGCGUGGGCGCCCAGCAGGCGCUCACACUCGCUGAUCUACCCACACUUGCUCGUCACUUGUAUCCGCUUCUACAGGAUCAGCAGGCAGAGCAUCCGCCGCAGUACGGGUCUUGA